AGCCCUGGGUGGCCGUGAAGAGCUGUGUUUGGCACAACAGCGGGCUGCAAAAAGCAGAAGAGGAACACAGAAUUGUCAGGCAUUUAUAUAUAAGAGUUAGAAAUGGAAUCACGCUAUCUUCAAAAAGAACUUGGGACUUGUCUAACACAAGGUCUUGCAGAAGUGGCAAGAAUGCGUCCAGUAGAUCCAAUAGAAUAUUUGGCAUUGUGGAUUUACAAAUAUAAGGAAAAUAUGACUAUGAAACAACAACGAGAAAAUGAAAAAGCCCAGCUGGAGCAUGAAAGAGAAUUAGCUCUCUUGGAGCAAGAGAUGAUGGAGAGGCUCAAAGCGGAGGAAAUCCUGUUUCAGCAGCAACAACUGGAGUUACAGCUGGAGUUGGAAAUGCAAGAAAAGGAGAGACAGAGAAUGGAAGAAAUGCAGCGAGCUCAAGAGGGAGUGGAGGAGGAAAUGAUAAUGAAUAUGGUUAAGACUGAAGAGACUUUACAUUUAGAGGAAGCAAUAACAGACUCAGGCAAAACCCUAGCUGAAAUUAGUGAUCGGUAUGGUGCACCUAACUUGAGCCGAGUGGAAGAACUGGAUGAGCCAAUGCUAUCUGAUGUUGCAUUAAACAUCGAUCAAGAUUGAAUCAACCAGCCUAAGAGCAAUAAACAAUGCAGGUUUCUUGAAAUGAAGGACAUUUCAGUAUUUCAAGCUUCAGUACUGACAAUCUCCAAUUGCUAUGUGCACCCACCAAAAACAAACAAACAAACAAACAAACCCAACAACAAACCCCCCCUCAAUUCUGAAGACAGUGUUAUAGGGGGAUUCACGUGUAGCCUUAAUGGUUUGUUUUGGAUUCACGGAUACAGCUGAUUAUUUGUAUGCUUACAUGGCUAAAACAGGGGAGUCUCUGGAAGUAAAUAAAAUAACAAAUUUGAAACAAA